AUGAAAAUCUUAACGGAAGAAGAGAAGGAGAUUGCAACGCAUCUCAAAGCAAGUAUCUGGUAUACUGUAUCAAAAGUAGUGGAGCAGCAAACCAAGAAACUAUCCCGAGAUUCUGGUGGGAAUUUGACUGCUACUCCACAGUUUGUGGCUGCUCUGGUGGAGUUGGUGUAUAGACAACUUACCGGUGUAGGAGAGGAUCUAGCAAUGUUUGCGAACCAUGCUCGAAGGAAAACCAUUACACCGGACGAUAUGUAUAUGAUAGUGAGGAAGAAUGAGGAUCUUAAGGAAAUAUUGAAGAAUAUUGCUGAAAAUGAGACUAAAGAACCCAGAGACCUUAGUGGAAGCGCCAGUCAUAGAGCACCUGAAUCUUCGGAUAACGUGAUACUUCCUGAUCCAUUAAAAAAUAUUCAGGUCAAACAGGAAAGUCAUCAUAAGAUGUCUCAUUCUGGAGAAGAAGAUACUUUCAGUGACAUGGGAGACUACAUAUGA